AUGGGCUCUCCGAUAAACAAUUCUAAAGGAGAUGAAGUCUGCACUACUAGCGAUACAAACAACGCGUUUUUUGACGUCUAUGGCCCCCAGGCAAAAGCAGGUGUUGAGUUUAAGACCCCAGAAGCGAAUUCAACUCUUAACUUGGAAGAUGUUCAGGGGCUUAUAACAUGGGUACUUGCUGAAGGAUUCAUGCCAUCAUGGGUUUUCAUUAAGAAUAAGCCUCUGAUUCCAAAAGUGGUUAUGCUAUAUGUCCCUGGUCUUGAUGCAGCAAUCUACCUCUCACAGUCUAAAAUACUACACAGCUUAAAAGAAUGUUGUGGCAUCCCAAGGGCAGUGUUAGCGCCCAGCUGUGUAUCAGAUGGAAUGCAGACUAUAGAUGCUCUUCUUACAUGUAAGGUUAAGAGAAAAAGAGAAGCAGAUACAUUUACAAAGAAAUCUAGACCUAUAUCUGAACAAGGAACAUGGCCUAUUCGUGAUGAUUUGGCAUUUUCUGAGCUCAUGAAAAACAUCCCAUUUCCAAUUUCCUAUUAUACCCUUACCACAAAGGAAUUAGAAGAUAAUGGAUACAUCCAUGAUCAAUCAGAUUUUCUCUCAACUCUUCCUGCAACAUCUGGAAAACCCACCCAUGAAAUAGUGGGAGUUGAUUGUGAAAUGUGUAUCACAAAUGAGGGAUUUGAGCUUACAAGAGUAACACUGAUAGAUUUUAAAGGACAGGUUUUGUUGGAUAAAUUGGUUAAACCAACAAAUACAAUAACUGAUUACAACACUAGGUAUAGUGGAAUAACUAGUGAGAUGUUGAAUGGAGUCACAACAACUCUAAAAGACAUUCAGGAAGAGUUUCUACAGAUAGUUAAUAGAGAAACGAUUUUAGUUGGACAUUCAUUGGAGAAUGAUUUAUUGGCUUUAAAAAUCUGUCAUAAUUUGGUGAUUGACACAGCUGUUUUAUACAAGCAUUCGCGAGGUGGGACCUACAAAAUUGCACUUCGUGUCCUCACAAGGAAAUUCCUUGAGAGAGAAAUACAAGGUUCAGGAAAUGGACAUGAUAGUAUUGAGGAUGCAAAAGCUGCAAUGGAUCUAGCCUUUUUAAAGAUUAAAAAUGGGCCUGAUUUUGGUCGACCUCCAUCAUUUACAAGGAAAAAAUUUCUUACAGUUUUGGGUGACUCUGGGAAGGCCUCAUCUUUUAUUGAUAAUAUAUCAAUAGUGAAAAGAUAUGCUUCAGAAUCAUCACAUUCCAUUCCUGUGACUUGUGAUGAUGAAGCUCUUUCGAAAGCCAUUAAAGAAGUAAAAAAUGAGAAAGUACAUUUUGUGUGGGCCCAGUUUACAGAACUGAGUGGUUAUUACAAGAAACAAGCGGAUGAUGAUGUGGCAUUGAAUACCAAAGUGGCUGAGAUGAUAGCUUUGCUUACUUGUAGUAAUAACAAGUCCAAGGCUAGAAAAAGCAUCAAGUACACAGUCACACCUGAUUUGAAGCAAGUUCUUAAUCAAUUGAAUUCCAGAAUAAAAAAUAUUUACUCCAAUUUACCUAACAAUGCCAUGCUAAUAGUUUGCUCAGGUCAUGGAGACUCUGCAAUUGUUCGAAGAUUGAGGAAAAUGCUUGCAGAGAAGGCGGACAUAAACAUGCCUCGGGAACAUCUUGUAAAGGUCUUGGAAGAGUUGCAGGCUCAGGCUGAAGUAGGCUGGAGGGAGUGGCCCUCGCUAGGGACUCACCUCCAGCUCGCUAAGAUCGCCAAAGCAAUUCCGUUCAAACUCACUAAGGUCGUCGCCAAAAGUGGCUCGCCAGUCAUGUAG